AUGUCCACGACGUACCGCCAGCUGGUGCUGCGCCUACCGGACGGCCUGAAGGAGGCGAUGAGAGAAAGGGUGGCCGCGGACACGGGGAUGGAAGGGGUCGACUUCACGCCGGAGAAGAAAGGGAGCAGAAGGUUCACGUUCACGAUGGAUGGGAAGAAGUACCCCGCCCGCUUGGUGGACAUGCCGUGCGUGCUGGAAACCCAGAAGACCCUGGACAAGAGGACCUUCUUCAAGAGCGGGGACGUCGGCCAGAUGCUCAUCGUCUACAAGGACGAGAACGCCUACAAGAAGGACGACGGGAACGCUUCCGGGGUCGGCCCGCAGCGCCUGUAUCCGGAUGGCCUGACCCCUCCCACCAAGAACAUCGUAAGGAGGCGUUUCGUCAAAGCCCGGCCGGACAGGGGGAAGUUCGACCGAGCGGAGGUAAUUCGGGUCGAAAGCCAGGUACUGAAGAUGCAGCAGGACGUCCCCGAAGGCCCCGACAGGAGCAGGAAGGCAGGCUCUAGCGGAGGCGGCGGAAUCACGGCGGGAGGAGGAAUGUCGGGGAGCUCUUCGCGUGGGGGCUCCGCGGACGCAAGCGGGGGGGGUAGCAGCUCUUCGCGGAGUCGCACCUCGAGAAGUAGCGGGGGUGGUGGCGGCAGCGGCGGCGGCGGGGGAGGCGGUGGCGAGGUCGGCGGCGAUGGUGUUACCUUCGAGCACGAAGAGAUCGUCCCUUUCGAACCGUGGAUGGCCGACCCGAAGUUCGCCGCCCUUGGGCGCCUGGAAGGCAUCACGCUCGAGAUCACCGGAACGACGGAGAAGCCCGAGGCAGGCGCGGCCGGGGUGGCCGGCGGCGCCAGCGGCGGGGAGGGGUCGACGGCACCGCGGCUCUUCGGCUCCGAGCUUCUCUACGAACACCCGGAGAUUCUCCUCGCUGUGGUGAUGUUUCCCAGCGUCGGGGUGCCGGCUGCGAUGCCUUCCCUGGGAGAGGGCGUCGGGCUAGACCCUGACGACGCUUCGGCGGUGAUGGAAGACAUGAACGACGCCGAGGAUGUGCUGGGCGUCGAAGACAUUUUCUUGGGCAUGUAGGGGGAGCGAGCGAGCGGGGGAGUCUGGCGCAUCGAUUCUGCUGCCGCCGCUGUGUGGUGGUGUGGGCCGAUUGAGCCGAGCUGACGACGGAAGGUCUACCUUCGACAACGGCUUGAAGCCAGUUCGUUGCUGACUUUGUUGACGCCGUACAACUUGAAGAGAAACAAAUCGUGUCAGAAGGGCCUUUUUGUGCAUCGGCGCUCGCGCGUGCACGAUCGGGUCAGCGUGUGUGUGUUUGUGUUGUUGGCAUCGACCGCACCCACCGGCUGGCCAAUGAAAAGACGUCAGUCUCAGUGCGGUUGAAAACACGAAAACACUUCUAAAUGCCAUUAACUGGGACCCGGUGAGUUGAACGUGCGUGCUUGUGUGUGUGCGUGUGUUUUUUUUUUAAUUGGCAUCGACGGCGCCAACCGAUUGACCAAUGAAAAUGCGCCAGUCUUGUAGCGGGAUAAAUAAUAUCGCGAACACCCUUUC